CUUUUUCUAUCCAAUUUCUCUUCCCAAUCCAAACAAUGGCUUCCUUUUUUCUUCGCCGCAACCGCAAUCUAUUCGCUCGCUCUCUACUCGGUAAUACGGAGCAUUUUCCUCUGUACUUUCAGUUCAAGUUUCAAACUUUAGGUGGUGCUGCAAACAAGGUACAUCCAUAUAGCAGCCGUAAUGGUCCCAUCAGAAGUGAUUUUACUGACUUGACUUGCCCUCAUACAUGGUAUCCACAGGCCCGAAAGAAACGUCGCAGGGUUAUCCUGCAUGUUGGUCCAACAAAUAGCGGCAAAACGUAUCAUGCUCUGAAGCAACUUGAGUCAAGUGCUUCGGGUGUAUAUUGCGGUCCUUUGAGAUUGUUGGCAUGGGAGAUAGCAAAACGGUUGAACAAGGCCCAAGUUCCUUGUGAUCUCAUUACGGGUCAGGAAAGAGAGGAAGUUGAUGGUGCAAAUCAUAAGGCUGUUACAGUUGAAAUGGCUGAUGUAUCAGCUGAUUAUCAAUGUGCUGUUAUUGAUGAAAUUCAGAUGAUAGGGUGUAGUACAAGGGGAUAUUCGUUUACACGGGCUUUAUUAGGAAUUGCUGCUGAUGAACUUCACCUUUGUGGUGAUCCAGCUGCUGUUCCCCUUAUUCAGGAGAUACUGAAAAUUACUGGCGAUGAAGUUGAGGUUCAAUCUUACGAAAGAUUGUCACCUUUAGUCCCCCUGAAUGUUCCUCUUGGAUCUUUCUCUGAUGUAAGAAAUGGUGAUUGCAUUGUAACAUUUUCACGUCAGCAGAUAUACAAAUUGAAGAAGAGAAUUGAGAAAGAAGGAAAGCAUCUAUGUUCAGUAGUUUAUGGUUCACUGCCACCGGAGACUCGAACAAGGCAGGCAAGCAUGUUCAAUGAUGCAAGUAGUGAGUUUGAUGUUCUUGUGGCCAGUGAUGCCAUUGGAAUGGGUCUUAAUCUAAACAUCUCUAGGAUCAUAUUUUCAACCAUGAAGAAGUUUGAUGGUUUUGAGAUGCGGGAGCUGACUGUACCUGAGAUCAAACAGAUUGCAGGGAGAGCUGGUAGAUAUGGGUCAAAUUUUCCUCUAGGAGAAGUAACGUGCAUGGAUGAAAAAGAUCUACCCUUGCUCCAUUCAUCAUUGAAUUCUCCAUCACCCACUUUAGAGCGUGCUGGCUUACUUCCUACCUUUGAUCUGAUGUAUAUGUAUUCACGAUUACACCCAAGAAAUGGUUUCUAUCAAAUACUGGCACAUUUUCUUGACAAUGCAAAAUUAUCUGAAAAUUAUUUCAUUGUUAAUUGUGAACAAUUACUGAAAGUGGCUGCUGUUAUUGAUGAGCUUCCCCUUGGAUUACAUGAGAAAUACCUUUUCUGUAUCAGUCCAGCUGACAUGGAUGAUGAGAUUUCAUCUCAAGGCCUGACACAGUUUGCAGAUAAUUAUGCAAAGAAAGGCCUUGUUCGGCUUCGUGAAAUAUUUACGCCAGGGUCACUCAAAGUGCCCAAGACGCCUGCUGCUCUUAAAGAGCUAGAAUCCAUUCACAAGGUCUUGGAUCUGUAUGUUUGGUUGAGCUUUCGGUUGGAAGACUCUUUCCCAGACCGUGUGCUGGCUUCAUCCCAAAAGACUAUUUGCAGCAUGUUGAUUGAGGAAUUCCUAGAAAGACUCGGGUGGCAGAAGCCAAUGGCUAGAAGGUUGCCUGCGCAUAAAAUUUCAAGUUCUCUAUUAUCCCAACACAUAAGACAACACCUCUGAGCGCAUGGUUGGAUAUGCAUUUCAAACAACCGAUCUGCAUCUGGCCUGAAGGACUCUCAGUUGCUUCUUCGUCUUUUUUGAAUUUGAUGUGAAAAUAACAAAGAAUGUGAGUUCAUAAACACUGCAAGUCCACUCCCGUGCCAGUGCUACAAUCCCGUUGAGCAUUUUACAAGGUUCACUAACAAGAUCGAAUAUGUUGUACAUUUCUAGGUUAUUUCCUACCUUUUUAUACCUCUUGUUUUUUAUUUAUUUAUUUAUUUUUAUCAGGACAUGUUUGUAAACAUUAUAUAAUUCUUCAUCUAAAUGGUGAAAAAAAAUGAUAAUGAACUAGUCUGGUUCAAUUUUUAAAGCAACGAUUAUUACAUCCCAAA